UUAAACUAGUUAAUUUAAAAAGUUGAACUUAACUUUAACUAGUUAAUGUCCACCUUUGAAUAUUGUGUUAUUCAAUAAAAGUACCCUGUAGUUAUAUAUUUAACUUAGGUAUACAAUGUACCUAGGUAAAAUUAUAUUCAUUGCAGGUACAUCUUCAUUGAUGAUGCUAUUAAGAUAAGAUCAGAUAAUAUGUAGUAUUCUAAAGUUGUUAAAUAGGUAUAUUAAAUUACAGUAUUAUUGUAGUACUAUAAUAGCAGGUAUAUUGGAAGUAUAAAAAUAUAAACAAUUGUUGCAAAACUGGUAUUUUAUAUUUCCCAAAUAAUUUGACAAAAAAAAAAAAAAUCUUAAAUUACAGCUUAGUUUUAAGGUUUAACAAAUCAUUCAGUUCCCAUAUUUGUUUUCAGUUUAACUUACUUGGUUAUUUAAGUUAUACUUAUUUUGACUCAAUAGACUCAAUACUUUACUCAAUUUUGAGGAUUUUUAUUUUUUAAAAAUCAAUUAAAUUAAUUAAACAAAUAACAAUGGAGUCCCAACAACACUUGGUUGAUCAUGACUAUAUCUUACCAAUUCAAAACGUAGCUGAAGCGGCUAAUGAUUUUGCUGACGACAAUAUUCAGUUUUGGCCAAUUGGAGAUCGACCAAAUUCCUACAAAUUAAUUCCAAGUGUGCAUAGAAAGGAAGAAGUUAUCCAGGAUAACUUGGGAUAUGUUUACUUUAGAAGUAAAUUGACGGAAAAAAAAAUAUACUUAAAAUGUAGUGAAACAUCAAAUGGAUGCCCAGCUACCGCAUCUAUUUCGACAAUGGUUGAGGAUAGUGUAUUUUCACUCAAACGACUACACAAUCAUCCACUUCAUUCAUCAGACAAUAAAGUGAGGGAACUAAGAAAUGUACUAGGCGACAAAUGUGUACAACGCUCUGCCCGCUCAUAUUCAGCUCGCACUUUAUAUGCUGAAAGUAUUGUUAGUCACACAGAAGGUGCUACUAAUUAUACUUUCAUACAAGCGGCUGAGAGGAUGCGAAAAAUACGGAAAUCUGUUUUUCCACCCACACCUAAAAAUUUGAAUAAUUUAAACGAAUUAUUACAAUUGGAAAAAAAUAAACAUUUCACAGUGACAUUUCAAGCUCCAGAAAGUUUAUUUUACCAAGGACCACUAUUACUACCAGAUGGGAGAUUUGUUGGAGUACUUUUUUCAAAUAUUAAUUUUAUUAAAACAAUUCAGUGUGAAUUACAAAAUGUAAAAAUAGCCGGUUGUGACGGUACGUUUAAAACCGUACCAAAAACUUUGGAUGGGGAUUGUUACCAACUAUUCACAUUCCAAAUCAUUUACAAAAAUGUUAGUUUCCCUUUGGUGUAUGCUUUAUUAAAUGGUAAAACGGAAGAAAUAUAUGUGGCAUUAUUCAAAUUUGUCCGUCAAAUUGUACCAUUAAAUUACCACAAUGUAACAAUAAUUACAGAUUUUGAGUUAGCCCAAAUGAAUGCAAUUAAAUCAAUAUUUAAAGAAAGUGAUCACCAAGGUUGCUAUUUUCAUUUUUGUCAGGCUGUUCUCCGUCAUUUAAGGUCCAAGGAAGUGGGGAUUUAUAAUCUUGUGAAGACCAACAAUAUUGCUGCUCGCAUCUUCCGAAUGAUACUAGCUUUGCCAUACCUUCCACCUGAUAGAAAUGGUCAAAUGCCGAAUAUGUUGGAUGGCUUCAAUGCAAUUUUGAUUUGCAUAGUCAAGUACCCGGAGAUAGCUGAUGCAUUUCAUUCAUUUUUAUACAAUUAUGUUUUUGGUUUUUGGUUUGUAAGAAUUCGUCCAGAGAGCUUUACCGUCUUCAAUAGGACUAUAAGGACAAACAACUAUGUAGAAAGCUUUCACGCUGCUCUUUUAAAAUUUAUUAAACCUCAUCCAAAAAUUUGGGAGUUCAUUGGUGGAAGUGUUUGUUUAUUUGUAGCUAAUAAAAAAUUCCAGACAGAAAAAAAAUCUUAGUUUCAAGAUCAAUAAGAUAAAAGGACUCAUUAAAUAUAUUUAUUUAUUUUAUUUGUCAUGACGCUGUGUUUGUGUUAAAUAAUUUUAUGUUAUAGGUUUAGAAAAAUAACUGUUUUUGAGUAAAUAUGGCAUCACUUUGGGAUCUAAUAUUAUUUAAAACUGCCUGUGAAUUUUAGAACAAUUGGUUAUAAUUAUAUCUACCUAAAUGCAUGUCAAUAUUUAGUCAUAAAAUAUAUACAUACUUAAUGGUUCUUUUUUUUUUGUAGAUCAAAUACGGUUUUUAGAAAACCAACAUGUUACUGAAUUCCAUCAAGUUUCAAACAAUAUGAAGGUAUGCAUUGUAAGGUUGACAUUAAGAGAACACCAUACCCGCAUGCAUUGUUUCAUAAGUUCAAAGCGAAUUAUGAGCAUAAAAUGCUUUUACCUUGCCUAUAAUAUUAUAUAAAAAAAAUUACCUUUCUAAUAGAUUAGUUCGCUUUAAAAUCAAACAUCAUAACAGAAUUAAAUUAAUUAUUCAGAAUGUACAAUAAUAUGCUAUGUUAUGCGUUUGUAAGAUGAAGACAAUGCACGCGAAUAUGGCAUUCCCUAAAUUUUAAUAAUUACUUAGCUAUUGCAAUAAAAUACCUUUUUUUUUAGAUUCGUUCUGGUGUUUCUUCUAGAGCUAGAGAAUUGAAUACUCUAGCAAUUAAAAAUUUUAUUGAACAAUUGUUAACUGACAAUGCACAUGAUAGGGUUCAAACCUUUUUACGAAGAGCUGGCCACAGAGUUGAUGGAUAUA